UGCGAUUCUCCUGCCAUCUGUCGGACACUUCCGAGGUGUGGUCGCUUUUAGGCGGCCGUUGCCAUAUUGAUUUGUGCACUUUUACCGGAUUUCCUUUAGCAUUCAGAAUUCAUGGCGGCGAUACGAAAGAAGCUAGUUAUCGUCGGCGACGGCGCCUGCGGAAAGACGUGUCUGUUGAUCGUCUUCAGCAAGGACCAGUUCCCCGAGGUGUACGUGCCGACCGUGUUCGAAAACUAUGUGGCCGACAUCGAGGUCGACAGCAAACAGGUGGAGCUGGCGCUGUGGGACACGGCCGGACAGGAGGACUACGACCGGCUGCGACCUCUCUCCUACCCGGACACGGACGUCAUCCUGAUGUGUUUCUCCAUCGACUCACCCGACUCGCUGGAGAACAUACCCGAAAAGUGGACACCCGAGGUCAAACACUUCUGCCCCAACGUGCCCAUCAUUCUGGUCGGAAACAAAAAGGACCUGCGGAAUGAUCCGAACACGAUGAAGGAGCUGAGCAAGAUGAAACAGGAGCCGGUGCGUCCCGAGGAGGGCCGCGCCAUGGCCGAGAAGAUCAACGCGUUCGCCUACCUCGAGUGUUCGGCCAAGAGCAAGGAGGGCGUGCGAGAGGUGUUUGAGACGGCCACCAGGGCCGCGUUACAGGUCAAGAAGAAGAAGAAGCCCCGGUGUCGUCUGUUGUAAUGCGUCUGUCGCUAAGCAUUCGGUGUCCAGGCGAGGCCUGCUGAGUCGCGAUCGGCGAGGGCACCGCUUGUAGCGCUUGCACGACGCUCGCGCUUGUGCGGUGCUAGUGGCGAUCGCGCGACGCUUGCAGUGCUUGCACGGCGCUCCUGGUGACCUGCGACGCUCGAAGCGGUCAUGCGACGCCUUCAGCGCUUGCGCGACGCUCGAAGCGGCCGUGCAGCGCUCUAGUGCUUGCAUGACGCUCCUAGCGCUUGCACGACGCUCCUAGCGCCCGUGCGGUGCUCGGAGCGCCCGUGCAACGCUCGUAGCGCUGGCACGACGCUCGCAAUGCUCGUGCGGCACUCGCAGCGGCCGUGCGACGCUCCUAGCGCCUGCAUCACGCUCGUAGCGGCCGCGCGGCGUCCAACGAAGCGGCUCGGGAGCCAGCUGCGGCCGGCGCGGCCGACGUCGUCUCCGCAUCGCCGACGGACCUCUAUCUACCCAUAUAUCGGCGUCUCUCCGUAUCGGUGUGCGUGCGCCAGUGAGUGCUAGUGCGGCGGGCCGGGACCCGGACCGGGCCGUGCCGCGCCGCGCCGCGCCCGGGGAGCGCAGAGACAGUGGUCGCCAGUGAUCGGGGCGAAUCGUGUAUUGAUUAUACUUAGUAGCUGUGGCUGGAUUAUUUUGGUCAUAGGAGGAGCAUGCGUCACAACUGCAAUGAAACUAAGGAUGUUUUGAUAUUUCCAUGGAUUCUUCGUACCAAUAAACUUAUUUAAAAUGGGUGGAGUGGUUACACCUGCCCUCCCAAA